AUGUCUGAACGUCAAAGAGCUCGCAGUGAAUCGGGCGACAUUGAUGACUCGGACCAUGAGUCUCAUGCUGGUGACUCGAAUCCUCCCGGCAAACCAGGUCGAAAAAAGAAUCCGAACUCUCAAGCUGCACGACGUGACCAGAACCGUAUAGCCCAGAGGGAAUUCCGUUUGAGGAAACAACAGAGGAUCCGAGAUUUGGAGGCCCGCGUCGAGCUGUUAUCAGGCACCCAAGAUGAGGCAGUGGAUGAAAUGCGCAAUGUCGUCAAAGAAGACUUGUUGGCUGAGAACCAUAUGCUUCGCGGCUUGUUGCGCAGUCUGGCGUCGUUCAUCGGAGAAGGCGUCGGUGGCGUUUUACCAAAGCUUGGCUGGGAUCCAACGGACUUCAAUACCUAUAUGAACCGAGCAGAAACUGACACUGCAUGGGAAGGCUACCAAGCGCGAAGGAAGAAAAGUGCGGAAGCUGCAAGCAUGAGCAAUGGACCAAGCCCACAUCUAAAGCGACCUACAGAUGAUGAUUCCAUCGGUGCCCGAGCGAAAAAGGCGAGGAACGAGAAGGACAGCGACUCGAGAAACGGCUUCUCUUUGCUCGUACCUAUGUCCUCCGGCUCACUUCCAGCCCCAUCUCUAUAUCCCCCGGGGCGUGGUGAGCAAGGCGGUAUACUGUCGGACCUGAUGAGAGGUCCCAAUAACUCGACGCUGUUUAUGCAACCCUCCUCUGGCAACGGCUCUUCUCAGUAUCCUGCUGGCCCUUCGAACCUCGAUGGAUAUUCUCGUCCAUACCUACCUGGAGUGAAUGUCAAUAUGGAAUCGGGAAUAUCAGCCUCUCCGUACGGUUCGCCCGGCUCAGGCUCCGGUUCACAACGACCUCAGCACGGCGACGGUGCAACGCAAGAGGAAGUGGAAGAAGACGACGAUCCAAAGAAGAACGAGGCGUACAAAUUGAUCCACUACCACCUGGAGAACUAUAAACGUAACUCGUCAUAUUGCCUCCCUGCAUCUCUGAGACCAACUAUGAUCCAACGCACUAUACCACAUGAAAGUGUUGUCGAUCGCGUCCUCCAUCCCGAGCUACGAGACCGUAUGAUUCUCCUUCGUCAGCGCUUCGAACUUGUCGAUUGUCUGAUGGAUUUACGACAAUCCGUUACCAUCCAUGGAGAUGAUGUGCUAGCUCAUAGUAAUUGGGAGAUUGGUGAAAGUUUCAUUAGGAAGUAUAGUUAUCUAAUUGACGUUCCGGUGCUCAAAAUUACCAAUCGCUGGCGCCGCGAGAGAGGACAGCCUGAACUAGUUGUGCCCGAGAUUAAUGGUGACUCCAAUGCUGCCUAA